AGUAAAACAUGGGCGAAAAUUCACAUAACGAUAACGAAUUCUCCAAAGAAAGCAUACUUAUCAGAGCAGCUUCCAGCCUUCCACUCCCUGAUUGCAGACUGCCGUCUCGGCCUCUCCUGGCCUUUGUUUGCCCGUGCUCGCAGCUGUUUCGAUCUCCUCGUGCUUCUAGAUGCUCCUAUGACUGAAAAGAUGGCAACAGCGUCUUUGACCAAGUUGGUUAGAUGCGUUAUUCUUGAUUUGGAUGGCACCCUCCUUAAUACAGAUGGCAUUGUGGGAAACGUAUUAAAGGUUCAACUAAGUAGGUAUGGAAAGCAAUGGGAUGGAAGGGAAGCUCAUAAAAUUUUGGGGAAGACACCUUUUGAAGCUGCUGCUGCUGUUGUCGAGGAUUAUCAACUUCCCUGCUCAACUAUUGAAUUUAUUUCCCAAAUUUCGCCUUUGUUCUCCGAUCAGUGGUGCAACAUUAAAGCCCUUCCUGGUGCCAAUCGUUUGCUUAAACAUCUAAAGAAUCAUGGGGUUCCAAUGGCAUUAGCAUCAAACUCUCCAAAGGAGAGCAUUGAAGCCAAAAUAUCUUAUCAUGAUGGAUGGAAAAGCUCUUUCUCUGUCAUAAUUGGUGGUGAUGAAGUCAGAACAGGGAAGCCUUCUCCUGACAUGUUCCUUGAAGCCGCUAAGAGAUUAAGCAUGGAGCCUUCUAGCUGUCUUGUUAUUGAAGAUUCUCUUCCUGGUGUUACUGCAGGUAAGGCUGCUGAGAUGCAAGUGGUUGCUGUACCAUCACUUCCAAAACAGUCGCAUCUGUAUACUGCAGCAGAUGAAGUCAUCAAUUCCCUACUUGAUUUGCGACCUGAAAAGUGGGGUCUACCACCAUUUGAAGAUUGGGUUGAUGGAACUUUGCCAUUAGAUCCUUGGUAUAUUGGGGGUCCUGUCAUCAAGGGAUUUGGUCGUGGCUCAAAGGUUCUCGGGAUCCCUACAGCUAAUUUAUCAACAAAGGGCUAUUCAGAUCUCCUUGCAGAGCAUCCCUCGGGGGUUUAUUUUGGUUGGGCUGGAUUAUCAUCCAGAGGUGUUUUUAAAAUGGUCAUGAGUAUUGGUUGGAAUCCAUAUUUUGACAACAAAGAAAAGACUAUAGAGCCUUGGAUACUUUACAAGUUUGAUGAGGAUUUCUAUGGGGAAGAACUUCGGCUCAUUAUAGUUGGUUACAUUCGUCCUGAGGCCAAUUUUCCAUCCCUUGAAAGCUUAAUAGCUAAGAUUCAUGAAGACGGUGAAAUUGCUGAGAAGGCUCUUGAACUUCCCUUGUAUUCAAGUUACAAGAAUGAUCCAUAUUUAAGAAGCUCUUAGCAAUAUUUUAUUUUACUAAUCUCAUUAAGGAAAACCCCCUGAAUUUGGUUUGCUAUUAUUGUUUCGAGAUUGGAAGCCUCUUCUUCCUUCCAAAAAGAGUUUGCCACGUAUUAAUUCAACAAAGGAUCGUACAAUCAACUGAUAAUUAAGGAAGGUACUGUAAAUUCAUGUAAGAUGCAUGCACAGUGCGUACUAAAAUAAACUAUGAAGAUGUUUUCCAAUGUCCUUUUGCCACCCUAAAUGGAACUAGACUUGUAUGCAUUUUGAUUCAGGAAAGGCAAUUACGGUUGAAUGCCAAUGUA